AUGGAUUGGCUGCAAAGCCACAAAAACACAGACCUGCAGUAUGUGAAUGAUUAUAAGCCUCGUAACAGUGAGGUCCAACAGCUCAGAAUUCUGUUUCAUGGACCCUCUGGUUCUGGCAAGUCCAGCUUCAUCAACUCUGCUGACAGUGUUUUACAAGGCAGAGUCACUGGUCGGGCUUUGGCAGAUGCAAUGGCAGACAGCUUCACCCAAACAUACAAAAAUUACAAAAUCCAAAAAGGAGGACCAGAGACAUUUUACCCUUUUGACUUCACUGACAUCAUGGGCCUUGAUAGGGAAACCAAUAGAGGAGUUUCUGUGGGAGACAUCAAACUGGCCGUGAUGGGACACAUUAAAGACGGAUACACUAAUAAUCCAGACUACAACAAAGACCCCGCUCUGAAGGACCAAGUUCAUGUUCUGGUUUGUGUCAUCUCGGCCGAGACAUUGAACAUCCUGAGUGAUGAACAUGUGAAAAAGAUGAGGGAUGUCAGACUGGCAGCCAGAGACAUGGGAAUUCCUGAAGUGGCCAUUCUCACCCAAAUUGACAAAGCCUGUCCAGAGGUCAAAAAAGACAUAAAGAAUGUGUAUAAGAGCAAGUACCUGAAGAAACAGAUGGAGAGAUUUAGUGUGGCGCUGGGUAUUCCAGAGUACUGCAUCUUUCCUGUGAAGAACUACCACUCAGAGAUCGACACAGACGAUGACACUGAUGCACUGAUACUGAGCGCACUGAGACAGAUCAUUAACUUUGGAGAAGACUUUGUCAACAGCACAGAAAAACAAGAUGGCAGGACAGUGGGACUUUACUGUCGUUUCCUUUGAGGAAACUGGGACUAUAUUUAUCAGGUCCUACUAAUCCAGAGUGGUUUGAGAAAUUAAGAAUACAUACAAACAAAAGUUCGGGUCUUGGGAGGAUAUGCAUUUAGAGUUUAGAAUCAUAAAGUAGUUGGUUAUGCUUUGUUGAUGCAGGUGGUAAUUUCUGGUGUUAAACAGGUUAAAAGAAAGCUAAACGUCUCGGGUAAAACUGGGCAUAAACUUUGUUUUUAGACUACUAGCGACAUACAUCUUUAGUUCCAACAGUGAUUUCUGUUUCAGUGUUUGGACCUGCUCUAUACUGAAAGAUUGUGCUACAGUACUGCUGUUCAGGUAAAACCACAAUAAAUA